GUUGAAUCAGGUAGGUGUACCUGUGUGUGUUCGUACAAGCAGGAACGACGAGCAUGCAGGUCAAACCAUUUCUCUUCACUUGUUGCUGUCUGUAAUACAAUCUGAGGCAGCUGAUUGAGCACCGGCGGAAUAUUUGUGGACUAAUAGUGAAAUCCAGGUCGAACGACCUUUUUGUGCUGUCCGGACUUCCGGAAGAAACUCGUCAGACUGCGACAUUUCCCCCAUAUGGUGUGAGUAAAGUCCAGCAAUAACAAAACCCUGAGGCCUCAGUCCAGCGUCAGGUAACAGUAAAAACAGCCACCAGAGGACGGUCUGGGCUGAGUGUUGUCCCUAUGGAGAGCACCCCGUCCUGGACCACUGGUCCCAUUGAUGAAGGGCCAUACCAAGAGCGCUGUGUCGACCCCGUUGAGAUUGAGAUCCAGCACUUUGGAGUGAGGCACAAAGUCGGCAGGGAUGCCAACGGCAACACGACUGGGCCGGAGAAGGUAAGCUUUCUCCCUGUCAAAGAGGAGCCCGUUUCGGGGACGCCUAUGUGUGGACCUUGCGCUUCUGUGAGUAGCUGCAGGAAGCUCUUUUGUAGCGUUUUGACUUGUGGACUGUACCGCGUGUGCCGCCGCUUGCCUUGUCUCGUUUCGAGCGAAAGCUCAGCUCCCAACGUGCCGGUGGAGAACCCCUCAAGUCCUCCACAGGCUGAGAACGGCUUCUACUCCGACAUUUGCAUUCGUGGCGUCAAGGUGGACACAUCGGUCUUUGAUGAAGAAGAAGAAAGUCAUGUGUCGUUUCCCACGUCCAAAAUGGAGAUGGACAGUCCGAUUUACUUUAGCAGCUUACCGGAGGAUGACUUAAUCAACAGGAAUGGGAUGGAAGAUGUGGAUAAACUCAUCACGCAGAAGCUCAUGGAGGUCUUCUCUGAGUUUGAGAUCAACGAGUUGGCCAAGUGCACCACGGACUCCAUGUUCCUGCGGCGUUCGCGGGAGAUCAGUCAGCUGAUCUCAGAUAUCGUGCAGGAGCACAACAUGGAGGAGCAGGAGGCCGAGUGCAGGCUGGUGCGAGAGAUUAUUCGCAUCAGCACGCGCAAGAGUAAGAAGAAGCCGCAAAUCAGGCCUCCGGAGCUGCAGCGGGACAGCGGCAAUGACACCUGGAACAGCAAGAGGAACAGCCAGAAGAGCAGCUUCAAUUCCAUGAGUGAUGGAAAGUUGCAGAUUUCGUUGGAGAGGUCAGAUGACAUUGAAGCCAGGAAGUUACGCAACAACAGUAGCCAGUCGUUCUCUCCGAGUUUCCAGGAAACUGGUGUGCCGAUCACGUCGGACACUCCUUUACUCCCCAGCAGCAUACGGGCGUGAGAGUGUCCCAUCAGACAUGCAUCAUUUUCAUUUCCACGUGUCCAUAAACAAUACUUCGUCUCUGUGAAGAACGUUUCCUCUGGCUUGGAGUCAGUGGAUGAUUAUGAAGUAUACCCCUAAAAAUUGUGAUUUCAUGGGUAGCUUUUUAACAAAUCUGAGAUGGUAGGUGUAUUUAUGCUUCUAUUUCAUAUUUUCUUGUGAUGGACGUGUGAAGUAGCCUAUGCCAGCGUUGCUGUCCGUAAGCCAACUUGCUGAGAAUGAAGAAUAAGAAACAGUUUGACCUCUUUAUUGCCAACAGAUGCACAUAUACUACCAGUCAAAAGUUUUUGAACAGUAAUAUUUUUAUUGGUUUUUAAAGAAGUCUCUUCUGCUCACCAAGCCUGCAUUUAUUUGAUCCAAAGUACAGCAAAAACAGUAAACUUUUGAAAUAUUUUUACUAUUUAAAAUAACUUUUCUUUUUGAAUAUAUUUUAAAAUGUAGUUUAUUCUUGUGAUUUCAAAGCUGAAUUUUAGCAUCAUUACUCCAGUCACAUGAUCCUUCAGAAAUCUAUGACUUUUACAAGUGAUCGGGUGUACGAUGUUCGUACAGGCGGUGAAAAAUCAUCCGAAAAAGUCCCAUAGACUUUGCAUUGCGGACAACUUUGACGGGACAUAGUGCAAAGCGAAAAUUUAUUUAAAACAUGUGGUUCACCACAUUCGAAGAGGCUGUCAAGCUGUGCAAGAACAUCCCCCCCCAAUGGGGUAUAAGUUGUACCCCCUAUGGCACAAGAGCUUCCCAAAGUUGCCCCAUAGACAUACUAUGGCGAGGGACAGCCCAUGAAACAGCAUCUGUACACACACAUUUUCCCUUCUAUGGUAAUUUAAAUAGGGAUUUUGCAUUGAAUAUAACUCACAAAGUCAUAGAGACGUGGGGGUGGGCUCAUUUUACUCAGGCAACCAGUCAAACUCUCAGGAUCAUUAUGGAGCUGUUAAGCCAUGCCCUAGCAACCA